CAUUUCUCUGCACAUAACCUAACAACUAGCUCACUUAAUCUUUUCCUGUUACUUUUUGUCACAAAAUGUCCUAUAUCAUGCAGAUGCAACACUGUUCAUUAUGGAAAGAGUGCAAAUGAAAGUUCAUCCUCCUAAAUGAUGGUCAGUGCAAUGGACUCAGUUUCAUAUCCUGUUCUCCGUCGGAAGCGGUCAGCCACCUCAAUAGUUCUCACUCCUUUCUGAUGGCCCCAAUUCUGCAGACUCUCCCAUUUGUUAUCAUUCUGAUACCUCUGGUGAUGAGUUGAACCAUUUUGCAACUGAACUGUUCAGUUUGUAGCAGCUUAUCCUGUAUGGUCCAAAUCUGAUGUACUAUUCUUAGUCGACAGAAGAAUUUUCUUUGCUAUUGCUGUACCUGUGCGCAGAUGCAAGACCUUAUGUACAUAGCACAAUGGACUCCAUAGCUGGUGAGACCAGUAGGAGCGAAUCAACGGAUGAAAGUGUCAACAUUCCAAAACGCAAGGGUCAUCAAGGAUUGAAGGCUAAUGUUGUUGCAUUAGACAAAGAAGUAUGGCUGUGGUAUCGGAAAAGCGCCAUGAACAAUCAGAAUCUGACAAAAUGCGAUGUGCAAAACUAUGCUCGCAACAUCUAUCUGCAGGCCAAUAUCCAAAAUUUCAAGGCAAGUGAUGGAUGGUACAGGAGAUGGCGCCAUCGGUGGAUGAAAAACGGAGAUGUAAUGAAAACUAAAAUGGAAUUACAAGAUUCAGAUUUAGUCGUCAUGGAGGGUCUUAAUUUUGCAUUCCCGGACUUUGACGAAAAUCUUUUCUCCAUCGGUAAACCAGACCUGCUAUUGAAAGCGCUUGAAAGUUUGGAAAAGGAGAAACCAAAGAAGCAUUACUAUGAAUCGAUACCAACUAGAAAACCAGCACAAACUAGGAUUAAAGGCACCAUUCCUGAGAAGCAAACCUUACGCAAAGGAGUGCGCUACAGACCGGAAUUCAAAGAAAAAGUAGUUGCGCACUCGGUCUCCCACUCUUUCAAUGAGUCUGCUUUGAAGUACAAAAUCCAUCCAACAACUGUUUCAAAUUGGGCUGAAGGUAAACAAAAACCAGUAGAAUCAGAAAGUGUUCAGAAAUCAAGCAUCGAGGAAGACUUUGCAAAAUGGUUGCAGGAUCUUAGACUCUCCAAGCGUCAAGUCAGCAAAGAAGAUGUUCAAGAGGAGGUUACCAAAAUCAAAGCACGGUCAAGUGGUGAAGUAUCCAAAUGGUUUUUGCAGUACUAUUCUCGGCUAUAUGAUGGCAUGACCUGCAACAUCCAGUACCCUCAAGUUAUCAAAACAGAGGUCGUGAAAUUGGCUGAACUGUGGUCUCAGAAGUACAUAUCAUCUAUUUUGAAUAUUUCUAGGAAGCAGAUAUACAAUUGGUCCAAAGAGUCACAUCCAGAGCAUGCUAUGACCCGAGUUGCAGGGAGAAAAGAUGAUGUUGGUAAGUGCUUAUGGGAUUGGUACAUGGGUAAAGAUCUUAAGCCCCUCAAAAAAGAGAUUCAUCGCCAGGCUGCUGAGAUCGCAAGAACCAAGGGUUAUGAUUUGAAAAUCACGAAAAGCUGGCUCUACAAGUGGUGCAACACAUAUAAUGUCACCUCUAAUUCACUCUUAGACAAACAGCUUCUCGAGUGGAUUCUUAAAAGAUUCGAUCAGAACUCAACACCAAGCCAGGAAAGCAUAAGAAGAAAGUGCGCUGCAUUGCAUAAAAAUAUCUAUGGAGAGACCAACUUCAAAGCCUCCAGAGGCUGGGUAGAAAGAUUUUGCAAAAGACACAGUGAUCUUUUGCAGAACACUCCCACUCCAAGCACAGCUUUGCCUGAGAAAUGUGAAAGUUGUAAAGACCGAUUCAAAGCAACUCUUCUGAAAGUUAUCUCAAAGCGGUUGAUUCCUUUGGAUCGUAUCGGAAUACUGGAUGAAAGUGCAUUGAGAUUGGCCUCAACCAAGAAAGUGAAGCGCUCAUUGCGGGUUUGUAGCUUUAAAAACAUUGAAGGCAGUUUCGUUUUCUCAUGUUUGGCGAAUGGAUGCGUUCUACCUCUGCUGAUCAUUCUCAGGGGCCCGCAAGCAGAUCCUGAAAGGGUGGGCGAUGUUUUUGUUGCCUAUCAUGAGACAGGAGCACUGGAUUCAGCAACCAUGCAAUUCUGGGCGAAAAAUGUGUGGGCACAGGUUUCAUCUCCAAACGUUUUAAUUGCCGAUCGUUUUCAGCCUCAUGUUGAUCCAUUAGUCAAAGAAUAUUUCUCUCACCAUGGAAACCUGCUUGCUGUGAUUCCCGCAGGCUGUGCGUCUCACUUUACCUGGGUGUUGUCUGAGGCCUGCGAGUACCUCUCAGAUCGUGUGAAUCAGGAUUGGCAGACUUGGCUCCAAAAUAGUGUCAGCGGUAUUCAGGAUGACACUUUGCAAUCCAGCAAAUCUCCCAGCCAUGCAGAAAUUAUUAGUUGGAUCCGGAAUGCUUUUUACGAGUCAAGACAAAAGUUUCAGGCAAUCAUUACAGCUAACUUCCAGACACUAAUGGCCUCAACUGAACAAGCCUAGAGGCUCUUGAUAGAUGCUCUUGCAGUAAAAAUGGAGAAUAUGAUUGAACCAGAAAUCGUCUUAUUGUUUCCAGCUUUUUACCUCCAUAUUGCUCAGCUGACCUUAUCGGCAUAAUGAUCAGUAUGUUCUUUUGCUUUGUUCUUUUUUCUCUCUUCUCAUUUUUGAAAUGUGACUGCACUGUUUACUCCAAAAGUGUGUUCAAUGGUGAUGUUUUUGGAAGUUCACUGUCACACUGCAUUUAUUCUAUAAAUUUAAAGAUGGUUUUGAAUGACAUGAACGUUAGAAUAUCAGCAACUUUUACAGGUGAAAUUUAUUUUUUUUUGUUUCCAAUCAUCUAAGACUGACUCAUUAACUUGGAAGAUAUUGUUUUCCCAGUCUAACUUUUUUAAAGAUUACACAUUUUCUGCUAUUGUAGACAAGUAAUAAGGUUAAGCCAGUAGACACCCUGUGUCCUUUAAAAAGGUUUGAUUGAUGAGCUGAUUGCGUAGAAAUUUACAAUGGAACAAAUAUUUCUUAAUUUUUUCUGCAUUCUUGCAGGAGAAAAAUUAAUCCUUCUCCAUAGAUGAAAGAAGUUAGUCUCAGAACUAUUGAUUUGGACUUCAUUUACACAAUUCAUGACUUUUCAAAAAAUGUCUAGGUAUAAGUACUUAGCUGUAGUUUAUCGAAAGACUGUAGUUCAAAUAAUAUAGUAGUAUGUAACCUUUUAUUCAACACCGUAGUAACUCUAAGACUGUUGCAACUGAUGACUUACUUUCAAACGCAGAAUGGUAACCCAAGUCUGUGUUUUGUUCUAUUGAUUUUUAAGGUUUUAUGAUUUUAUCUCAUCAUUAUUUUUUUUCUUUAUAUUGCAUAUAGUUUGCACUGCACUGAUUUCUAAGACUGUAAGAAUUCUUUUCUUUGACUCAUGCUUUGAAGGUUCCUUUUCACUUUCUGGAAGACGCCAGCUCCUUCUUUAACAAGUUUUUUCUUCUUAAAAAACACAAGUCCUGUUUUUGAUGAAAGAUGAGUUCACAGCGGUUUUUUACAACACUAAAUGCGUCGACACUUCUCUUGUUUUAAGAAUGAAUGAGUUCAUUAAGUUCAGAGAGGGGCUGAUGUAUGAAUAGUUCUUCCCUGCACUGUAGAAUCUCGAUUAUCUGACACCCUGAAAAUUCCUGUCACUAAAUAGGUAACAGAAAUCGGCUUUUGGGCAAAAAUGUAAUAAAUGUGUGUUUUUUUUUCUUUCUUUCCAAAUGACCAUGUUUUAUAAAUACGAUUAGAAAUUGGCCAAGCUUGUGCUCUCUGGUUACAGACAGAGCAUGUCUGAAAUCAAAUUUUUUCAAUCUUUGUUGGUGGUGUUGAUUAUUCAACAACCCGGCAGCCCGCAACCGUCGGUUAAUCGAGUUCCACUAUACUUUUAAGUGGAAGAAAAUAAUCACUACCUCAAAUCCCUCCCUAAAUUAUUUAUUUCUUGGGAGCUAUGAGUUUUUUACUAUGGAAGAGUAAAACCGUAUACAUUUUCAAUAACAUACUGCGGUUUGAGUAAACUCAAGGAAUUCUAGAUCUCAGCACCAAUAAUUGAAGAGUUUGCCCGCAAAAGGGUGUCUUUGAUAAAUUUCUUUUUAGCGAAACUCUUUGAAACUUUGAGAGGGUGGCUUUGCAUAUUUUGGCCUUUAAUUCCGCACAGGAGCAUCAGAUCGAUAUAAAAUUAUGACGGUGUCUUUCUGAAGAUACCCUGAUGCUGUACAAUUGAUUUUCAAAACGAUGACUAAUUUUACAAUACGCCCCUCUAAGGGCAGACUUUUCAAUUGUUAUAUCCAGCAGGACCUCAGAAAAAUGUAGUCAAAGACGUUUUUCUUGAAAGUGUGGAGGCUCUUAACUUUAAAAAGAACAAUUUUUUAGUCGCUGCUGAAUCACAUUUUAAAAUUCAAAAUGGCUUUGAGUCUCUCUCCUUAACCAUCUCAUUUAUGAAUUGGCGUUAUGAAUUUUUCUUAAUUUUUUCUGCCAGAGGUACACAAAGGUAAUUUUUUAAUCACUCUUUGUAUUAUCUUACCUGAUCAUCGAAGUACAAAUUAUUAUAUUUACCAUAAAUCUCUCCAUGCAUUGUAUAUUCUUCUAUUAUUUAGACUGACGGUCACCAUUACUGUGCCUUUUACUGAUUCUGUAUCUCAAGACCAUUGUGGAAAACAGUCCUGUUUUUUAUAGUAUCAGUGGCACAUCUGAAAGGUUUCGAGUUUUUAAUAUUCUCUAAAUCUUGCUGUUUUACUACUCUGGGCAAGAACUGAAAAAUAUGCCUUAAGUAACAAUUUUCAUAGUACAAAGGAAUCGAUAACCAAUUCCUAGUUUUUACAUUGAUUAAAUUAAGAAAAACGGUGCAGCAAAUUGAAAUCUGCUUGUGCAAAAACUUUUGAUGUCCAAUAUUUUGUUCCAGAAUUUUACUUCUUCUGUGAUUUGCAACUGAAUAUUGAUGAAAAAAUACCGUAUCACCAAAUAGUUUUCUUGAAGGGUCAUCAAAUAUUUGUCAUAAGGUUUAGGUAUUAUGGACUUGAUUAUCAGAAGACUGGGGCAAAAUUAACACUGACUUUAAAUAGAUAUCAAACAUUUUGUAUGCGGUUUGUCAUUUAUUGGCUGCGUUUGAUUUUACAAAAAUUUUCUUCAACACCUUCGAAGGAAAUCAAGGACGGUCUCAAAGUCUAAAUUGUUCUUAGUUUUACCACUUUUACAAAUCUGUACGAGUAAACGUUGUUCAAUGAACGCAAUAACUGACAGAACUGUAUCAAUAAUUUAUAGCUCUCAUAUUUAUGUAUAUUUUAACUUUCACUAAUGUUGGUUACAAAACCGUUGACUUUCAUGUCAUUAAAAUGUUAAGUUUUCUAAAGUACAAAUGACAGCAAAGCCUCUUACAGUCAAAAUGUAUUUUUUAUAAGCGGCAGUAGUACUGAUUUACCGUUCCAAUGCUGUCAAUGACUGUAAUCAUCCGAUUCAUAUAUUAAUGUCAAAUUGUUUAACGGUUUUAGGCCGUGCUUUGAAUGUAACAAUUUUAAUUUAAUAUUUUCUUGUUAGUUUCCUGGACCAUAGGACCAGGUGCAAAGUUGUUGAAACAUUUUUCAUUCUGUAAGAAAUCAUUCUACCAUCAGAUGGUAGUCCAUGCUGUUUUUCCUACCGUUUCAUGAAUGAUUUUAUCUGCUGUCCACUUAUUAAUCUGGGUAUCCUUUUGAAAGGGUACACCUUCUGGUACAACUUGAGUGUUUAUCCUGCACGGGUGAAACAACAUCGAAAGCUUUUUAAGCUUCUAUGUUCUCCUAUGUAUUCAACUGUUUCUAAGCUGUGCACAGGCACAGCUAAUGAUUAUCUCUAAGGCACAUUUAAUAUGGCUGACUUGGCACGAUAUACCACUGUCCAAUAUUCACUAUGCAGGGGCCAUGACAAAAAAACAGCUUGGCAGGAUAGUACGUCCAGGAACAAAGAAAAACACGCUCUAACUGAGUUUUGGGUGCAGCUCCUGCUAUGCAGGCAUCAAGUACUCGAGUGGAUACCCAUCUAACACAUGAGUGCCUGUUCUUCGUCGAACGCAAAUACCACUUAAUACAUAUUGUCGGUGAAACUACCAGACUACGCAUCGCGGCUUGUGACAUUGCAGACUUCCUGUAAUACUUUAUUUUUAAAUGGAAAACCUAACACGAUUUUUUGAAAACUUCGGUGAUGUAUCUUCUCAGUGCAAAGAAAACUGUGUGAAAACUUCCAGGAAUGAUAUUGAUAUGUUCUUAAAAGAAAUAAAAUGGGGGAGAUUUUUUACGCCGCAAACGAGAAAUGUGGUCAGGUAGUUUCAACACCAAUAUUCUAUCAGUCAAAUUCAUUAUAGACAGCCCUUGUCAUUGCAACUUUUUUCCACUCUUAUGUGAGCAAAUUUUGUAUGAUGAUAAUGAGACUAUUACUGUGUGAAAAAUUCUCAGGCAUUCCAGUGUAUUUUUUAUCUUUAUGGAAUUUGUUUUUCGUUUGCCCUUCUUUUCAUUUUUCUCUCACUCUUCUAUGCUUAUUUUCCCUAUUCUUGUCCUUUUCUCUUGUUUUGUACAAUGAGAGUUGUUUUUCAUGGAUCAAAAAGUCGAAAAAAAGGUUUUUGUCAUCCCUGAGGCAGAUUUUAUAAUCUGAGCCGGUAUAAGCCAAGAAGUAUUCUACAACAAUGAAUUGCAUUGUUAUUAGUUCCAAUGCAAGUCUCAAAAAACUCUUUCUGUUAAAACCAUUUUAUCCAUGAUUAAUACCUCAUUUGCCAUUCAACCUUAUUUAAUUUAUUAGUGCGGUUGGGUUGUUUUCUUCUUUCUUCCCCAACUGUUUUCUCAUGAAUAUGUACUUUUGUUUUCAGUUACUAGGUAGGGACUAAGCCAGUGAGAAUUACUGUACCUCCGUAACAAAUAGUUGACUGUGCUUUUACUUUUUGUUAGCUAUACAUUUUGCGGGUUUUAAUGUUGUUAAGAGCUUUUUUAGUUUAAUAAAACUGUUAAGUAAUCUCUA